GUUCGGGGCGCUGCCAUGAAGCAGCAGAGCGUGCGCACCGCCGCGCUGGUCCUGUGCAUCCUGUCCUACCUGCUGGUGGGCGCCGCCGUCUUCGAUGCGCUCGAGUCCGAGGCGGAGAGCGGCCGCCAGCGGCUGCUGGCCCAGAAGCGGAGCGAGCUCCGGAGGAAGUACGGCUUCUCGGCCGAGGACUACCGCGAGCUGGAGCGCCUGGCGCUGCAGGCCGAGCCGCACCGCGCCGGCCGCCAGUGGAAGUUCGCGGGCUCCUUCUACUUCGCCAUCACGGUCAUCACCACCAUCGGGUAUGGCCACGCCGCACCCGGCACGGACUCGGGCAAGGUCUUCUGCAUGUUCUACGCGCUCCUGGGCAUCCCCCUGACGCUGGUCACCUUCCAGAGCCUGGGCGAGCGGCUGAAUGCGCUGGUGCGGCGCCUCCUGCUGGCGGCCAAGCGCUGCCUGGGCCUGCGGCGGCCGCGCGUGUCCACGGAGAACAUGGUAGUGGCCGGGCUGCUGGUGUGCGCGGCCACGCUGGCCCUCGGGGCCGCCGCUUUCGCGCACUUCGAGGGCUGGACCUUCUUCCAUGCCUACUACUACUGCUUCAUCACCCUCACCACCAUCGGCUUCGGCGACUUCGUGGCGCUGCAGAGCGACGAGGCGCUACAGAGGAAGCCGCCCUACGUGGCCUUCAGCUUUCUCUACAUCCUUUUAGGGCUCACGGUCAUCGGCGCCUUCCUCAACCUCGUGGUCCUGCGCUUCCUGGCGGCCAGCACCGACGCGCUGGAGCGCACUGCUCGCCGCGCCAGCCCGCUCCGCCUGGGGGCGCCCGAGAGCCGCCGCCCGGCGCGCCCCGGGGGCUCCUCCGUCUCCUACCGCAUCCACCAGCUGGAGAUGUGGGCCCGCGACAAUCUGGGCUUCUCGCCCCCCGCGAGCCCUGGGGCUAUGGGUGGCCGCGGCGGGGCAGGCAGGCUCCGCGCCCGGCGGAAGUCCAUCUGA